UUUUAAGCAUAGAAAUUUAUAUUUAACCUUUGUAUUUUUUAUUCUGUAUUUUCAUGUACAAUUAGCCUGAACUAUUUUUUAAAGACGUUAUAUAAUAUACAACAAACUUUAUAAAUACUUUUCAUAACUAUCGAAAAAUAAUAACCGAUAAUUAUCGAUAGUCAGUCAUCGAAUUUAUCAGUUAUUAUUGAUAGUGAAGACUAUCGAUAGUUUUUCUCUAUUUCGAGAGGAGAAAGAGAGCAGACACAGAUCACAUAUUGGCCAAGAACGAAAGAGAGAGAGAGAGAGAGACAGACAGAGGACUAUAGUGACUAGGCUGAUAAUGAACGGAAUGAGCUGAUGCAGUGCCGGAGUUAAUCCGCUCAUUGCACAGUCCUUUACAUUAAGAUGGAAUUCCCUCGCCCUCGCCGAGAGACAAUUUUGCAAAUUUGAGAGUCGAUCUCGCUUAGAAGGAGUCACGAGGCUAUCCUUUUUCCGAGGUAACGCGAGUGCAAGCCUGUGCCUUGCGAUUCGCUCGGCUCGCGUACGCAUAUUCGGCCCUGAUUUGGCGGGUGAGAGAGGGAGAGACAGAAGAGAGACUCCGACACUCUCGUGCGGAGGCACUCUCAGAUACUACUCACGCGAGCGUUCGGCCAGUCACGUACGUAACGCGGCACCAUCGUGAGGUCUGCUACGUUUUUUCGUGUCGAGGAGAGACAAGUCGGUUUCGUCAGCCCGAGGCUGCUCUCUUUCGCCUUAGUCUCGCACUUGCUGCGACGCCCCCGUUCGCAAAACGACCUGGAGAAGUGUGUGCCGAACAGUGUGACCGAGUUUCCGUGAAAUUUCAACGCGAAAUUCAGUGAACAGUUCUGCUUCUCCUCUCCCUGCAUGCUCUCUGUUGCUGCUGCUGCUGCUGCUGCUUCCGGCUCUUGCUGCCGUGGUUGCGAAGGGGAGAUGCGGCCUCGCUGUUGGAGCUGAGACCGCCCCGUCGGCUACGAAAGUUCGUGGGCCCGCAUCCGAAAUCGAUCACGAAAAAGUAAGGAUCACUCGCAUCAGGAUCAUCAUCCGCGCGCGCGCCAUCACCCUCGUACCCCUCGCUCGAAAAAAAAAAACGAAGUCGAGAGACACUGUCGAAUUGAGCCGAAUCUUAAAAAAAAGAAACAGGGAAAAUCAAAUAACAGAGGAACAAAGCGGGGGAAAAUCAGUUAACGAAGAAAGCAGAGUUGCUAGAUCAAGAGUGAAAGAGGAGGUGAGAGAAGGAAAAGCGAGAGAAACAUUAAAAAAGAAAAAAAAGGAAACGCGCAUAUACGAUCGAAGAGACGGCUUUUCGAUUCUCGGUAAAAAGCAAGGAGGGAAAGUCCGACAGCUAAGUCGUUAAAAUCUGACUUUUGAUAUAAGCGGUUUUGGUUCUUUUUUUUCCUUCCUUUUUAUUUUGUAUAAUAUUUUUCCGUAAAAAAAACCUCAAGAGAAAAAGUGAUGCGCCCGUGCUUCUCCGCGCGUGCUUGUGUAACGUAAAAUCGGAUAAUCGCGAUAUAUAUUUGGCAGUAAGAGACAAAAGGAAAAAAGAAAAGAUUGUAGAUCGUACACGUAUACGUAUAAGUAGUACGAAACCGAGAAAGGGAGAGAAAGAGAGGGAGAGAGCGAAAAAAAUGGCCAUGGUUCCGACAUGCUCCGUUUCGAUGUUACGUCCUCUGGUGCAAGCUGCGCUCUUCAUGUUUUUCGUCGUUCUACCGAACACUGCUAUCGCGGAUAACACGGGCACGACGAAACUGCCCCCGUGUUCAAGUGAGGUAUACUGCCACGGCGAUCUGUUGCACACGGUACAAAUGGCCGCCAUAUACAAGGACUCCAAGAGCUUCGUCGACAUGAAGAUGAAGCGGCCGCCGAACGAGACGCUGGCGUCGUUCCGGGCCUUCAUGAAGAGCGUGGACGACAUACCGAACAAGCAUCAGGUGGAGAAAUUUGUCAACGACACGUUCGAGCCGCCGGGCCACGAGUUCGAGGACUGGGAUCCGGACGAUUGGACGCCCACUCCCAAGUUCCUGCAGAACAUCGAGGAUGACGAGCUGCGGAAGUUUGGCUCCGAUCUCAAUCAUAUCUGGAAACUGCUAGGCAGGAAGAUGCGGGAUGACGUAAAGAUCAACGAGCAUCUUUACUCAAUCAUCUACGUGCCGCAUCCGGUGAUCGUACCAGGUGGACGGUUUCGCGAGUUCUACUACUGGGACUCGUAUUGGAUCAUCAAGGGUCUGCUUCUGUCUGAGAUGUACAGCACCGUCAAGGGCAUGUUAGACAAUUUUGUUUCGAUAGUGGAUAAGAUCGGCUUCAUACCGAACGGCGGUAGAAUCUACUACAUGAUGCGUUCGCAUCCGCCGUUGUUGAUACCCAUGGUGGACGAGUACCUGAAGACAACCCACGACGACGCUUGGCUGAAGGAGAAUUUCUGGUUGCUGGAAAAGGAGUUUGAUUUCUGGAUGACCAAUCGUACCGUGGAAAUCGAGAAAGACGGGAUCAACUAUACGCUCGCCAGAUACUACGAGGAGUCGUCGGGUCCCCGACCGGAAUCCUACAAGGAGGACUAUUUAACGAGCCAAAGUUUUCGAACCGCCGAAGAGAAAGACAAUUAUUAUUCGGAAUUGAAAACGGCGGCCGAAUCCGGAUGGGAUUUUUCCAGUCGAUGGUUCGUAAACGAGGGUACCAACAAGGGUAAUUUGACAAAUCUUAAGACCAGAUCUAUAAUUCCGGUCGAUCUGAAUACCAUCAUACAACGAAACGCCAUUCUGCUGGCGCAGUACAGUCGUCAGAUGGGGAACGAGACAAAGGCCGCUUAUUACGAUGACUUGGCCGAGAAAUGGAAGGAGGCGAUCAGGGUGGUGCUGUGGCACGAGGAGGUGGGCGCUUGGCUGGACUACGAUAUGCUGAACGACAUCAAGCGAGACUACUUCUAUCCGACUAACAUCCUGCCUCUAUGGACGGAUUGCUAUGACACUUCGAAAAGGUCCGAAUACGUGUCGAAGGUGCUCAAGUACCUCGAAAAGAAUCAGAUCAUGUUGAAUCAGGGAGGCAUACCGACGACGUUGGAACACUCCGGUGAACAAUGGGACUAUCCCAACGCUUGGCCGCCUCUUCAAUAUUUCUUCAUCAUGUCGUUGAACAAUACGGGCGAUCCAUGGGCGCAGCGAUUAGCCUACGAAAUCAGCCAGAGAUGGGUUCGGAGCAACUAUAAGGCUUUCAACGAAACGCAUAGCAUGUACGAAAAGUACGAUGCGACAGUCUCGGGUGGCUACGGUACUGGAGGUGAGUACGAAGUACAACUUGGUUUUGGUUGGUCGAACGGACUCGUCAUGGUAUUGCUGGAUAAGUAUGGUGACAGGUUAACAGCGGAGGAUUACUUCGCGCCAGGCACCGUGAUCGAGAAUGCGGCAUCACCACCGGUCGUUUCGACAGCUGGUCAAAUGCUGACUGGGAUUCUAGCUCUCAUCAUAUCGUUAGCAGCAGGAUUUAUAGGAAUGGUAAUGUAUAAGAGGCGACAUUAUUACGUGCCCGGUCCAUCGACGAUGCCGAACAAGAGGAAGGUGCUGUCAAGUGGUAACAACUUGUACCGGAAGCGAAUCGCAUACACCGAGUUGAAGGACAUGAAUAACGAUUGAUGAUCACUCGUUGUCUAGACCGAAUAUCGAUUUAUUACAUGACUAGUGAAAGCAAAAGCGCAUCUAUAAAGAAGAAGAUGAAGAAGAAGAAGAAGAAGAAGAAGAAGAACUAAGUUAAAGUCGGAACGAUGAACAAAUCGUUGAAAAUCGUUCCAAAAAAUUAAUGCAGAAAAAUGUACUCGCAAAAGGAAAAAAAAUUGUGGCGCGGAAUAUUAAACAGAGCUGGAGAAGCGUCUAUUAGUAAUAGAAUGCAGAUGCAUUCGAAGAUGAAAUAAUGUGACACCGUUUCGGAAAGGUCUUCCAACUUGCAAAAUCGAACAGCGAUAGGAUUGACGAUUGUGCAGGAUCCUCGAGUCACCAUGUGACCAUGUGAGAGUUGCUUGAUUCUGAUUCCGUUUGGUUUUAAUAAAGAAUUAAAAUAAGCAAGAAGCAGGAGUAGAUUUAUGCAUAGUGUAAAAAUUAGGAUAAAGAGAGUGUGUUUCUCGCGCGCGUGUGUGUGUGUGUGUGUGGAUCGUGUAGAUAUGACGAAACAAUCUACUUCAGUGAUAGCUGGACUUAGUCUUAAUUUAAUAGAAUGGUAGACAAGAGUGUGUAAUGGAGUUUUAUAAAUUAUUUAUUAAAUUUACUCCGACAUAGAAGAUACAAUCGCGCAGGAAUUUUUAGAGCAGGAUUCAUUUAGAGGAUGAAAAGACUUACGAAUACACUGCUGAUUUCGAUGUUGCACUUGAUACGCUGUUCUUUGGGUUAAUUUUAAGAUUAUCUUUAAGGAUAAUUUUUACGAAUGCGAAACUGAUAUAUUAAACGACCAUUGAAGCGUAAAGCUAAAUCCUACGGUGCCAUCCAGAAGAGUAACUGUAUGUACGAAAAUCAACACAAUUAAUUACGUAUACGUAAUGCCUGAGUAACUUUUUUUGCGGCGUGAGAAAGUGCGUUUUUACGAAUCAGCACUAUAAUGAUUCAUAAGAAGUGAUUUUAUAAUAAGGUGUUUUAUAAUGACGUAUCGAUUGAAAGGAAAAACAGUUGCAAAAGCGAAGACAGGUAGACUUUGCUAUUUGCCGGAUACAGAUAACUAAUGCGCGUGAGUAAGUCGGUGAGACGCGUACGGUUUAGACUGCUACGUUACAUGUGUGGCAGGAAAUUACAAAAUUAUAAGUAUAAAUAAAUAUGUAUAUGUGUGCGUAUAUAUAUAUAUAUAUAUAUAUAUAUAUAUAUAAUUUAGAUAAAUAUAGAUAGAGUGAAUAAUUGACGACGCUAUAGAUAAAUUAUUGAGGAUGUAUUUUUGCUGAUAUUUUUAUACGUGAAUGAGCACGUUUAUCUCGCAUUACUCGCGAUUCACGGGUGGGUGUCCGUUUGUCAAAAAACCUAUGCGUCAUGUACGACAAUUUAUUCGUAUUUUUAGUCGUCCACGAUUAGAGAGACUUCGUGUAAGAGGUCAAAAGUUCCUUUGCCAAUCUUAUGACAGAGCUUUCAUGCGCUCAAUUAGUUUUAUUUGCUAACUCUAGCAACUUCAUGAUUUCUCGGGGUAUUUAUUAUAUAUUUCAUUUAGCGUAAAGUAAGGCUGCUAAAUAGAAUUACUCUAAGAUUAUCACAAGAGCCUAGAAGUUUACAUUUUACAGCGUCUGUGGUUAACUUUGCUCUCUCGUUACGGUAUUGUUAAGCAAACGCGAUGACUCAAAAUAAUAAUUUUCGCAUGACGAUAAGGCGUUUCUCGAUGACGUCGCUGAUAUUGCGGUUUCGAAUGUAUGAACGAACAUAGAUAAUAUACAAAUAGAUGAAAAUCUUGUUUCUGGCCUGUGCAUGUGCGCGCACGCGCGCGCGCGCGCGUGCGUGUGUGUGUGUGUGUGAUAUGAUAGGUACUUGAUAUUUACUUGCGAUGUAUUCGAGAAAGCCUUUAACGGACUGUACGGGACUUCUUAAUUGCGAACGUUCCACAGAUUACAAUCUAAGUUAUAUAAAUAAUUUAUUCGUACAUAGAGAAGAAAAUACAUAGGAUAAUAUCUAAUUAAUGUCUAAUGUGUAAAUCGUAAGAAAAUUUCGAUUUAUUGAGAACAUUUCUUUCCCAUUUCUUUUAUGUAUUCUUUUAUGUAUUCUUUCUACAUUAGAUAUUUAGAAAUUACGUUAAAAAAUUAUCUGUAUAAGGGCCGAAGUACAAAACAUGGCGUAAUGAUUAAGACAGUCGUAGUGCGACAAGCUUGUGCGUUGUCUACGUCUACGACUACGACGGUCUUAAUCAUUACGCCAUGUUUUGUGCUUUGGCCCUUACUUAUAUAUAAAUAAGAAUAGAGCCUGUUAGAUUCUUCAGAUUAUUAAAUUGCCGUACACGACGCAUUUUAUGGAGUGCCCAAGGGGAAAACAAAACGAAGAUGCAGUUGAUUUAAUUGCCGCUGAUAGAGCGAUCUUUCGAAAAAAAUAUUGCCGAUCUCGUUAUAUUAUAAAUAGAUCAUUUGGCACCGUACUUGUUAUCCUUGCUCUUGUUGCUGUUUGUUUAUUUUUAGACUAUUACGGUUGCAUGUACAUGGAUCACGCAGCACGUAGUGCCAAGAGACAAAUCGGCGAAUCUAAGAUGAAUAAUAUUAUGUAAUCGAAUCAAUCAACCAAAAAUAUUCUAAAUCAUUCAGCCGUAAAAUCUAGAUUUCAAUUUAAUAUUAUUUUAUAUUAAUUCAAUUAUGUAUUUUUAUACAUUAGUCUAUUCGAAUGUAUCAAUAUCUCCAGCGUCUAGAUCUCGAAUGAAUCUUCGUUUAAAUGGCAACGACAAUGAAAAAAUAGUAAUUAGAGAAAGACAUGGAACAUUAGCGUGUUUGAUCGUCUUUGAUCACAAUUACGCUCUGUAAGUAGUUCCUUUCUGUCUUUUUAGAAUAUAUAAUUAGAAUUCUUAGUAUUUUAAUCGAGCAAUCUUUUGCAUCAAAUUGUUUUACCACUUGAUUUCAAUCUAUUCGCAUUUGUACAUACAACUAUUAAAAGAAUAUUAGAAAAAGGGAUUCCGGUGAGAUAUCAUUGAAUUAGAAGUGUCUAAAAAAUUUAUUGGAACGUGUUAUAUUUAUAUCACUAGAAGUAAAGUUAUUUGAUGCAACGGAGUGCAUGUUUUGAAUUGCCAAUUUGUGAUUACGACGAAUUUAUCUGUGCGAAGAAAGAGAGAGAAAGAGCGACUGUUUCAGAAUUUCGAUGUAUGGCUUUGUUUAAACAAGAAUGUCUGAGAAACUAAAUUUGGCGAUAUUUCUUGUGCUAUUAUCUCUUCCUUCGUAUCUUUUGCGUGGAAGCUUAAAUGCGAUGUCAUAGAGACGCAGUUGCAUGUAGUAAGAUUUUACAUACAUGUAAACGAUCGAUUAAAUAUAGCGAGGAGUCGAUUUGUGAAACUUUAUAAUUUUGUGAAUUACGUGCGUGCGAUGUUCGUUGUAACGAGGAUCGAAUUGCAAAUAAACGAUAUCUCGUAUCGGAGAUGUGCUACCUCAGAGGAAGCGUUCCUAUAUUUCAAUGUGUAUAGGUACGUACGUUCGGCGAAAUUCGCAUCACGAGAAAAAAUGCUGUCAGCGAAUUGGAUUCUCUUCUCAUCGUGAUAGAUAAAGCUGUUGAGGGCCUUCUUCAUAUAUGUAUAUAGAUUUAUUAUUAUUCAUAUUUACGUAAUUUGACAUUAAGUAAAGAUGCAAAUGGACUAAUAUUUAAUUAAUAAUUAAAUUCAAUUAAUAAAUAAAUUAUUUGUUGACGACAGCAGUAUUAGCAAGAAAUAUGUGAAAGCGAGUUGAGUUUCUGUUCUAAAGACAUAAAUGGUGCAGAAAACUCAAGUGAUAUUAUACUAUCUUCACAAAUUUGCCUUUCAAUAAAUACUAAUUUUCGGAAGAAUUAUCGAGAAAAACGUUGAUCUCCUACAACAUAAAAAAAUUUAAUUUUGUAAGUACAUUACGUAUACAUAGAAAGGAGUAUAAAUUAUUUCUAAAUUAUAUAUCAAUAUUUUGAAAGAUAAAUUUAGAGCAUAUAUAUAUCUACAGUUAUAUAUUACUUAGUAAAAUUUUAAUGUAAUGAAGAGAAAAAGUAAUUCUUCCUCUGUUCUUUUCAAUCUUCCGCUAAUUAAGCAAUUUCACUCGCUUUUUAUAAAUAUAAAUUAUUGAAUUAAAAAUGAUUGUUACAUGACGAGGAGAAUGCGAAUUUCAGCCGUGCGGUAAACACGAAUGAUUAACAAAUCUCGAAAUGAAGGAUUGUAGAAUAUAUGUAUAUUAUAUACAUUAUGUACAUUUGAAUAAUUGUGAUACUUGAAAAUAAGUAGGUAUACUGUACUAAGUCUGUUGCAUUCGGUUUUUCCUUAUCUCUUCUGUUUCAAGGAUAAAUCUUUGAUUCAAUCUAGAAAAGUUAGCUGAUGAUAAGUAGAGAAUAAUUUAUUGAGCACAAUUUAUGAGCAAAGAUCAUUCUAUCUAACCUUUUAAAAAAAAA